UGGUGUAGGCAAAUUUACCGUGUUAUAGUUAAUUAUGAUGUAUCUAGAUAUAUCAUUUUCAAGGACAUCUACCGGUUUACAGACGAGUAUUUAUUAUUUGAAUUUUAUAAUAAACGUUGUACCCACUAUAGGUCUCUCUGUAGACCUAACUACUUCAUUUCAACUACUACUAUUCAUUGAGUGAUUAACUGCAGUGACGUUAAUAUUAAUAAUAAUACACAUAGGUAUCAUCAAAUAAUAUUAUUUUAAAAUUAAUUUCGUACUUAAUAUAAUAAUAAUAUUAUGCACAUUGUUAGUGGAUUAUUAUUAACGUAUGGAGUUUGUUUCGUGGCAAGUCUUCGGUUUCCAACGGUAGAAAUCGAAAGCGGAUUCGUGUCUGGAAUAUUAUCGCAGACAUGGAAAGGACGAACCAUAUACAAAUUCGAAGGGAUACGUUAUGCGACUCCUCCCGUAGGGGAAUUAAGAUUUCAGGUAAAGCUCGUCAAAGUUUACGUCUAUAUGAUAUUGUAAUACAGAAUGAUUUUUUCCUCAAACCAAUUUUUUGGUGUUUUAAGUGAAUUUGAUUUUUUUUUUUCAUUAUGGAAUAGUUUAAGCUUUAUUUUAACACUAUUUUUGAGUUUACCUUAAUUCUUAUACCUGAAAUAAGCGAGUAUUAACUUUUGAUUCUCAAAUAGUUACUCCUCUUUUGAAUGUCCCUUUUUAUGUAUAUGGACAGUUUAAAUAAUUUUUUUAAUGAUUUUGAUAUGCAUCGUAACUUUAUAGUUAUCUAUUUUUAGAUGAUAAAUUGAUAAUUCUUCCAUACUACUAAGGUAAGUCAUAAACUGUAAAUUCAAUAUAAGUGUUAUGCAUAUUAUGAAUUUGUUUAGACAAAUAUUUUUUAUUCAAAUCUGUAUUUAAAAGAAAAAGUUAUUAUUUAAAAAUCCAAAGUAUAUACUCAUUAAAGGUAUAAAGACAUUAGGGGUAAACAUUUUUUUACUUGAUUCAUAUCUUAAUAGUGUUAAAAUAAAACUUAAAUAAUUCCAUUACGAUAAAAAAAAAAAAAGCAAACGAAAAUUAUAUUCACGUAAGGUUCCCCGAAAAAAUCACUAGAUCAUGUUGAGUGAAUCACUCUGUAUACAUAAAAUGAAAUUAUGUUAAUAUGAUAUUAAAAUAUCAAGUGUAUAAUAUAUACCGAAAUUUAAUAUACAAACAGGAAGCACAACCGGUGGAACCAUGGUUAGGAAUAUGGAACGCGUCAAUACCGGGUAACGAAUGUAUUCAAUACGACCAUGUAAGUUAUUCAGUGCAAGGCGAUGAAGAUUGCCUUUACGUCAACGUUUACACGCCAACAGUUAGUAAACCCUUUUCAUUAACAUACAUAAUAUAAUAUAUACAGGCCGAUAAUUUUAUCAUGAACUGCCAGUGAUUAUUUAUGCAAAUUUUGAGUGAAAUAUUGAUAUGGUUUUUUCGGUCAUUUAAUGAUCUUAUUCACAACAUUUUCAAAUGUCCACCUUAAUAUCGCACAGGUAUAUUAUAAAUAUCCAUAGCUGGUAUUAACAUUUUUUUUCAAAUAAUUAUCUAUAUUUUUUAAUUCGCUCUUCGAAAAGAGGAUAUUUUUCUAAAAAUAAGGAUGUAAAAAUUUAACCAAAACUUCCGUAUAGAAGCGUAAUAAAAAUUAAUGAACCUUAUUGUGUGUUAACACAAUGUUUUUUUCAUUUACAUUUAUAGCUUCCAGAAAAAGAGAAGAGAAAAGAACUUUUAAACGUAUUGGUUUUCAUUCACGGUGGUGCUUUUAUGUUCUUAGAAGGAUCCGUAUACAAACCCGAUUUUAUUUUGGACAAAGACAUAGUGUUUGUGACAUUUAACUACAGACUUGGUCCAAUUGGUAAUAUCAUAACAACUUAGAUAUCACCUAAAAAAUAAAAUAAAAUAAAGUUAUCUCUCCAGACCAUUUUAGUUUAUUAGUUUAUAGAAAUUUUUGAUUUUGUUCAUCAUAAAAUAGGUAAUAAUAAUAAUACAAAUAUUAGUAAUAAUAUAAUAAUUUAAAGUACCUACCUAAAUACCUAUAUAGAGCGUUGAAUAAUAUCGAAAAAAAUAUUGAUAAGAUAAAUAACAAUAAAUUAAAUUAUUGUAUAAUAUAUAAAAAUUAUUAUUAUUAUUGAAGGUUGAUUUAUUAAACUGAUAAAGAAUGAAUGAUUGAAAUCAUAGUAGAAAUUAAUUUAAAUUUUUAACUUUUUAAUGUUCACUUUCGAUUCAAUACUAAGUUGUAUGCAGUGCUUAAAAUGGAAAAAUGAUAGAAAAGUGACUUUCAGACUUAACAAAUUUACCAUGUUUGUAAUUUUAUUGUUGAACUCAACUUAAUCAUGAGGGCUCUGUCUGUCCUCAUCACUCUUAUUUUUAAUAUAUAAUUUACGAAAAAACACUAAUAACACUACUGCAGCUAAUUGUUUGCUAUAAUAUUUAUAUUUGUUUUAGAUUCUAUUAUGAUAUAGUUACUAUUAUGAUUCUACCAUGAUAUGUAUUUUUGUUAAAAAAACUUUACUACAACAAUUCUUGCUCCGAUCAUUAACUUAAGAGGUUUACUUUCUAAUAGACAAUUUUAAGAUUGUGCGAUGAAGAGGUUGCUUUUUUAUUAUCCUUGUAGUAUUCUUAGUUUUGGACACCCUAGAAAAAUUGUGGGGAAAACUAUAAUAUUUACACAUUAACGGUUUCUGUUACUUUCGAUUUUGUUUUUUGUUUUAAUUCAGUGAAGAAUAAUCGUAGAAACCGGAAAUUUUACUGAAUAAUUGUAAAGAUAUAGUCUCUUAUACACAGUUCAAUAGUUCAUUCUAGAUAUAUGUUAAAAUUUCCAAAAUAUUCUAGACAUUUUUAAAUUAUUUAUAGCCAUUUAAAAUUUUUUUGAGUUUUUAGAAUUUAUUUUAUUUUAGGAUUAAAAUUUUUUUGGCCCAAUAAAAAUGCUAGAAAAUUUAGCAUAAGGUUUAUCAUACGUUGCAAUUAAUUGAAAAAAAAAGAUCAGCGUAAUAUUAUAAUUUUUUUUUAAGCUCUUAAUGUGUAAAUUUUAAUGAAAAUGCAUUUUGUUAAAAAUGUAUACGUUUUGAUAUUGUAUACAAACAAAUUAUUAUGGUAGUUAAAAUUUGAUUGUAUUAUGCAAAAAUCUUUAAAAUGAAUAAUUAUUUCAGGUUUUUUUAGUACCGGAGAUACUAUAGUAUCUGGUAACAAUGGGUUAAAAGAUCAAGUAUACGCCCUACAAUGGGUUAAAAGAAAUAUCAAAUAUUUUGGAGGUGAUCCAGAAAAUGUUACAAUCAGUGGUAUGUCAGCUGGAGGUGCCAGUGUACAUUUUCAUAUGUUGUCACCAUUAUCGAGAGGUUAAAGCAUAUAUUAAUGGAUUCCCCGUGUAAUUAAUUUUCGUAUAAAAUAUACUUAACAAUAUAUUAUAAUAUUCAGGGUUAUUUCAAAAAGCAUUCUCACAGAGUGGAACCGCCUUGUGCCCUUGGACAAUAACCGAAAAUGUACCCGCGAAAUCAAAAGCAAUUGGUGCUUAUUUGGGGUGUCCAACUUAUUCGUCACUAGAGCUAGUGGAAUGUUUAAAUACUAGACCAGCAAAACAGAUCGUGGACGCUGUACAAAUAUUUUUAGUAAGUUAAAAUGUAUAUUAUUUGAUUAUUUAUUAUUUAUUAUGAUUUGGGUAUCGUUGUGAAAUUUAUAAAUAGCCAUUCAUGUACAACCCAUAUUCACCUUUUGGACCCAUAAUCGAAUUACCUAGCGAACAAGCGUUUAUAAGUGAAUUGCCCUAUAAUAUUCUCGCCAAAGGCCUGGCAGCCGAUGUACCAUGGAUGAUCAGUGUUACCACUCACGAAGGACUUUACCCCGGAUCCGGUAAUUCGAUGUGAUUUGAAUGGUUUUUAUUUUUAUUGAAAAUUUGAAUGUUAAUAAUAUGUUACAGAGUUUAUCAAUAAUGCUGCGUUAAUGAAGCAUAUUGAUGAAAAUUGGAAUAAUGUAAUACCACAUAUAUUAGAUUACAAUUACACGAUACCUGGUGAACAAAUUAAUAAUGUUUCACAACUUAUUAGGAAAGAAUACAUCGGUAAUACAGUUUUAAAGAAAGGAAAUACCGAACAAUUUAUUCAAGUAGGUAUCUACUAUGAACUUGAAGAUGUUUUUGGAAUUAUUCAGUGACACAAAUUAUUACGAAUAUAAUUUCUAGAUGAUUGGUGAUCGUCUAUUUGUAGUUGAUAUUUUAAAAGCUGCUAAAAUCCAUGCUCAACUUUAUAAAUCACCUGUAUUCAUGUAUCAGUUUGCUCACCGAGGUACACACAGUUUAUCAGAUAUAUUCAGCAAGUCAAAUGAAAAUUACGGUGAGUAAAAUUACGGGACUUUAACUGUAUUGUUUUGAACAACUUCGAUGUUUGUAUAAUCGAAAGUUGACUUAAAUGUAGUAUGAAUAUUGGUAUACAAUUUUUUUUCAUAGGAGCUAGUCACGGAGAUGACACAUCGUAUGCAUUACGAAAUAUUUAUGUAAGCGCCGAAGAUUCAGAAACCGAUCAAUUCAUAAUCUCAAUUAUUGUUGAUAUUUGGACAUCAUUUGCUCUAACAGGGUAAUACAAUUGUUGUUAAUUAAAGUUUAAUAAUUUGUUGUGUUUUGAUUAAAGAGAUAUGUUUAAUUUAGGAUACCUUCAACAGGCGUUAAUUCUAUUAAAUGGACUCCUAUAAGUCAAAAUCCAAAUCAUUUGGGCGUAUCAUUUUUAAAAAUUGCUUCACCCACAAAGAUUUUUAUGGAUAAAGGUAUUGAUAUUGGAAGAGCUGGUUUUUGGGAUUCUCUGGGAUUCAAUGAAAACCAUUACUUUAAAGAAUAUUAAUAUUUUUGAUGAAUUAAUAAUUCUAGUAUCAAAUAUUAUAUUGCUAUAUUUUGUGUCACGCAUAUAUUAUAAUGUUCAUGAUCACAAAUAUGAUUAUUAAUAAACUGAAGAAGUAAUUACUUAUCGACUACUAAUAUUUUUAUUUUUAUGCUUGCUUAAAAAGACUGGACAUUAUCUAUAUUGUAAUUUGUGAGCAAUCAGGCACAUCAGUUGUUAACUGUCUAGUCAAACAUUAUUACACAAUGCAAAUAACGUAAUAUACGUAUUGAACCGUCAAUUUUAUAAUAAAUGUUGUUUACCAAAAUAAAUGGUUUUAAAACCACCCCAAAGAAAUACAAAUUUGUAUUUGAUUUUUGUUUUUAAAAUAUGUUAUACAUAAUAUUCCGAUAUUCAAUUUACAAAUUAUUAAUUUCUUAAUCGCAC